AUGAAAAGUUUAAAAGAUUUUAAAAAAGGAGCUAAAAUAAAAGUAAAUGAUAGAAUGCAAAAAGAUUAUGAAUAUGAAAUAGAAGCAGAUGGUUUAGGAGCAGAAGCUUCAGAUUUUAAUGAUGAUGGUUUUAAUCCACACUUAACUCCAGCAGAAGUUUUAAAAGAAGGAGUAUUUGAAGGUAAAUACUUAAAUGAUUGUGAAGAAGAAUUACCAAAAGAAUGGUAUGAAGAAAGCAAAGAAAAAAGAGUCGGAGUUGGUAAAGAUCCAGAUAUUGAAUUAAAUAGAUUUAAAAUUAAAAGUAGACAAAGUCUUGUUAUAUGGAGAGAAAAUGAAUGGAUAAUGGGGCAUGAUCCAAGAGGUUGGUUUCAAUGGUAUUGUAGAUAUUGGUUAGGUAGAAGAAAUGAAGAAGUUGAUAAAUUUCAAAAAAAAAGAUGGAGAGCUUUUAAAAGACAUCAUGGUCAAGUUAAAAAACAUUGUAAAAAAGGUGAUUUAAGUUGUAGACCAAAACAACGUCAAGCUCUUUUACAAUGGGCUUAUGAUCCUUUUAUUUGA